AUGCUGACUGAUAGACCUGAAUGCCUUGUGUGUGGAAAGGAGGGGCACUGUUCCAUGAAGAAGCAGUUGGGGAAACUCUUCCAGAGCAAGGGAGACAUGGAUGAAAAACACAUCUAUGAAAGACACUGCAUAAGCUCCUGUCUCCAAGGCACUUCACGCAGAGGCAGAGUGAAAGAAGACCUCAUGAUCACCAUGUGUUUGCUGCACAUCUCCCUUGUAAUGCUGUUCUCCACUGAAAUCUCUUCUCUGGACUGUACCAUACUUCUCUUCCAGCAGAAUAAAAUGAACACAGAAAGCUUAGAGCUUCUGAGCAAAAUAGGUGGAGAAUUUCCUCUACAAUGCCUAAAAGAAAAUAGGAUCUUCAGGCUCCCUCAGAAAGCUCUCAGGCCCAGAGAGUCCCAGGAGAAGGAUGCCAAGAUGGUAAUUCAGGAGAUCCUCCAGCAGAUCUUCAAUAUCUUCAGUGAAAACCUCACGCAAGCUGCCUGGGACAGGAGUUCUGUAGAGACAUUACAAAAUGGACUUAACUGGCAAACUGAGAAGCUAGAGACAUGUUUGCAUUCAGAGAUGGAGAAUGAGACACCCUAUUUGGGCAACAAGAAACUCCUGUUCCCCAUGUUGAAGCUGAAGAAAUACUUCCAAAGAAUCAGGGAUUUCCUGAAAGAGAAACAAUUUAGCUUGUGUGCCUGGGAGACCAUCCGCUUGGAAAUGGGGAGAUGUCUUUUGUUUGUUGACCAGCUGAUUAAAAAGGCUUAA